GAUCAACCAACCUCCAUGUGGUGUAAUGUGUGCUAGUUUGGAUUAUUGAUAUGAUGUGGGAUGGUAAUGAUUAUUAUUAUUUUUAUUUUUUUUAAGUUUAGUUUAGCCUUGAACUUGCUUCUUAUUUCCUUAUACAUAAACCAUAAAACUGUGAUGGCAAUGUAUACCAAAUACCAACUGAACUAAAGUGAUGUGAUUUUAACACAUGUUAUCGAGCGGAAGUUAGUAAUGUCUAGGAACAAGCCCUGAUAAUUAAAAAUUUCAGCACUCUUUCAACUAAUUAAAUAGCAUCUAUUCUAUCCUAGAAUGAUUGUUUUAUUAAAAAGCUUUUCUUCCUAUAAAACCAUCCCAGAAGACUGAACAUUUCCCCUAAUUGAAGAAUCACCCACAUGCGAACACAGGAACAGUGUCCAAGCGCCACCUUCAGUAUUUUAUUAAGAGAGAGUCUGAAUGGUGAGAGAAAAGAGCUUUCCAUACACAAAUGUUUCCAUAACAUAAGACUCGCUCCUAUAGUCUCACAUCGUCAUAAAGGAUUCUGAAACAUUUGGUUUGUUUGGUUUCGCGUGUUUAUGUGUUGACACUCACAAUCCCGUUCAGUUUAUCUAGUGAUAUGCGUGUCUCGCACAGCGUGGGUCCAGACGGGAGCGCGUUAAGGGUUAAAAGCGCGCUGCAUGGAGUCUGUGGGGCGGAGAAGAGGGGUGUGAUUGGAGCGCUACCCAUGAUGUCAUGUACAUGAAAAAGCCAAGAAGUAGUUAAGAAGGCGGCUUGUAACUCUGGAAAGAGUGGGUGAACCUCUAAGGCGCAGAGAGCAGACGCACGCGGGUGAUAUUUUGGACUGACAACACACAGCAAAGGCACCAUGGUGCAGCAAACGGACAACAGCGAAACAGACAGCAUGUCCAGAGAAGCCACCGACUCCGACGAAAGUGAAUUCAUGGUCUCGAUAAACCCAGACUGGUGCAAGACCGCGACCGGACACAUAAAGCGACCGAUGAACGCGUUUAUGGUGUGGUCUAAAAUCGAGAGGAGAAAGAUCAUGGAACAAUCUCCAGACAUGCACAACGCCGAGAUUUCCAAACGCUUGGGGAAGCGCUGGAAAAUGCUGAAGGACAGCGAAAAGAUACCUUUCAUCAGGGAAGCCGAAAGACUCCGGUUGAAACACAUGGCUGAUUAUCCUGACUACAAAUACAGACCCAAGAAGAAACCAAAGCUGGACAGUUCCUCCAAACCCUCAGCACCAUCUCCAGAGAAGUCCUGCAACAAAAUGUCCAAGAGCUCCAAGAAAUGUCCCAAACUGAAAACGAACAAGACGGGGAGCAAAUCAUCUCACGGCUACGGAGAUGAGUACGCGUUUAAGAGCAUGAAAGUUUCAAAGACUGUCAUUAAAAGUGAAUUCACGGAUGAAGACGACGACAUCGACUCCGAGGAGGACUCUCGAGUCAGGGUGAAGGAGGAGGAAGAGGAUCCGAUCCGAGCCUACAACGUAGCAAAAGUUCCCGCCAGCCCAACUUUGAGCUCGUCUACGGAGUCCGAGGGCGCCAGCAUGUACGAGGAGGUCCGGAACAACAGACUCUUCUACAACUUCAAAAACAUCACCAAGCAGAGCACAAUGUACCCCGCAUCUGUCUCACCAGCAUCCUCUAGGUCAGUUUCCACGUCUUCCAGCUCUAGCGAAGACGCGGACGACUUGCUUUUUGACUUCAGUUUGAACUUCGCCUCCUCCGCGCAAAGCUCGGAGCUGGGCAACCCAAAUCCAGGGAAUCUCUCCCUCUCUCUGGUGGAUAAGGAGUUGGAGUCUUUUAGCGAGGGCAGCCUGGCUCCCACUUUGAAUUUCCAGACUAUUGCACGCCUGAGCUCAGCGAAAUGAUAGCUGGGGACUGGCUGGAAGCGAACUUUUCUGACUUGGUUUUUACAUACUAAAUAAAAGACAAGUCCCAAGUAAUAACACACGGGAGAGGUAUAAUGCUCUGUUCUGUACGUAUUUCUUUCCCCUGCCUUCUUCUGGUGGUCCACCUAUAGGGGAUUUGAUAAGGAGGCGAGUAUGGCAAGCCUUUUAAACAUUUAUUUCAUUAAACGAUUUAGUAUCUAUGCUCAUGUUAUUAGUAUCAAUUAUUUAAUUACGAGUAUGUUAUCCAAAUGUGACUAGUAUUUAUUUACCUUCUAGUUUCUAAUACGUAUUCAUGUUCUAUAGUCACUAUUUCAGUACUAACAUUUCUUACCUCACUUGUUACACUAGUUUAUGUGGCAUACGUAAUCAGAAUAGCUUCUUUAUAGUUCAAUUCAGAAUGCUACUAGUAACGGUUGAAAAUGCACAAGUUUCUGACAAAUAGGUACUAGUGUAUUUUCAAUGUUUUUUAAUACUAAAUAUUCACUAAAUAAAAAGUACUGUGCUUAAUAAUAAAUAAAAAAAACUAGUAGCAAAGGAAAAAGUAUUAGUAUGUAAUUGUAGUAGUUGUAAAAUUAAAAAAUAUAUAUAUAUAUACUAGUCACUAUUGGAUUACUUACUAGUAAUUAGAAAAAUAAGUACUACUAACAAAAAAUAGAUACUAGGUACUUUGAAGCAUUAAAUGUUAAAAUGGCUUGCCAUAGGCGGGGAGAGGUUUGAGGAAUUAGAUGCUCAUGAAGCUGGUACUGUAGCAAAAAAGAAAGUCUGCAGACGUUUUUUUUCUGGCAGCAUGACAGGGUUUUAUGGAUUUUUCUGUAGGUCUACAAUUACUGUUCAACUAAAGCGGACCACAAAGGGAAAAUCUGAGAACUUCUAUGCAUCUUAUACCCUCUUUCUAACUGCAGGGAGCUGAAAAUGUAAAGACUGUGGACUGACUCAAAGCAAAUCUGUGAACUAUUAUUGUUCAGGACGUUUCUUUCAAACGUUGUUUAGUCAUUUCUAAAUGCCGGAACUUUUUUCUUUUAAAAUCUUUUUUUUUUUUUUUUUUUUUUUUUUUUGAGAAACUGAUUCUGUUUACCUACUGGUUUGAAACUUAAGCAGCCUAAACCUCCUUAGAGUUGCAGGUGUUAGAGGAAGCAUUUUGAUACAUAACAGACCUCAUCUUUUUAAAAGAAAGCAAAAUAUUUUCAGGCAUAUUUUUGUACAGUUAAAAAGGGAAUGUUCUUACUGGGCACUCAGUGAGUUUCAGGCACUUCUUCCCUUUAUCAUUUGUGUUAAGCAUGCAAGGGAGUCCUGGUUUAAGGAUUAAGUUUAAAUUAAAACUUGCAUCAAAAAUGCCUUGUGAUUUUAAGCUAGGUUUUGUACAGCUGUAGAUCAAAUUUGUUGAGUAUUUGUAGAACAUAUGGCAUUGGGGAGGUGGGAGAUGCAUACCUCAGUGCUGGUAUUAGUUUCAAGAUUGUAUAUGUACUGUAAAAUAGUAAAGUUAGGAGUUUAUGUAUAUCAUACUCGUGAUAUGUGGAUGGGUCCCAAAUCGCAGGUGUGAGACUGGAUUUUUUUUUCUUUCUAAUGGCACAUACUGUUUCCCCUUCAUUUUUUUGUGCAAUAUAUUUACUUGUAAAUGCAGACCAUCUACAUUUUUUUUUUUUUUUUUUAUUAUUUGCAAUUUUUGUAGCAAAAUGAUGGACAGGCAGACUUUUGCUCUGUCAACAUCAUUAUUUGUCAUGAUGCUGAAGUCAUUGAUGAAUAAAGAAAUCAGCUGGAACUGAUCGUAACUGAAUAUGGUCACAUAGUGUGCUUUUCUGUGGAGAAAAACCCCCACCAUUUCUCUUUAAAAUGACCCACAAAAUUGGACAAUUCAUGUCCUGCAACCAAUUUGAAAAUGACUCACUUUUGAAAAUGUGCCAUAAUGGGCAAUUAAUGAAUGUCGGUGGUCUGGCUGAAGAAAAACCAAGAAAGCAAAAAAAAAAAAAAAAAAAAAAAAAAAAAAAGGUACAUUCCAUUUCCUCGUUUCAUAUGAUGAAACAGUUUAUUUUCAACUCAAGACUGCCGUCUUUUCUACUAAAAACAACAACUACAACAACAACAACCGUAAACCUGUAUUUUUGUUUCUUGCACUUAAACAUAUUUUGUUUAUUUUUAUGUGGGUCUUACAUAAAGUCUGUUUUGAUACAAGGUUUGGAAUAUGAUGGACUCUUUGCCAGGGAAUAUGGUGAAGUACAAGGCAGUCUAGCCUCACAUUCCAAAUGUAAACCUCUCUUCGACUCAUCUUUUAAUAAACAAAUACUUACCACCAUAAAAUCUCCUCUCAAUUUGU